AUGGAACCGGAAAAAGCCCCCGAAGAAUUGAAAAAGUUGGAGAUGAAGUUUCGUAGGCUUGAGAAGCAGAAAUCUAGGAAGGUGGCAGCCGAAACGCUGAAGAAGAAAUGCAUUAUUGAUCAUUUGAAACGAGAGCAGCAAUUUUCCUUGGAAACUGAGAAACGGGUUUGCCAAGAUUGGGAGCAGAUGUGCGCAGAUAUGAAAUGUGAAGAUCUUCUGGAGGAAAUGCUGCAGAUCAAGCAGAAUAUUCAGCUGAUUUGGGAUCGGAAAAACUUCUACAUAGAAAGACUUUUCGGAGAUCGGGAUGAAAUGGAAGACAUUUAUUCGAGGCAUCUUCAACGGCUGAAGCGUUUAGUGGACUGUUACUUGGAAAUUCAUCAAUACUUUGUCACCAACUUAUCCAAACAGUACCAAGCAGAUUACAAAUUACAAUUAACCAAAUUUCGACAUGAUAUUGAUUUGAAAGACAGUCAAGCCAGCGAAUGCCUGCAACAGAUGGAAGGUGCAUUGAUAUCACUGGACGAGGCCAUGAAACAGGGAUUGAUUGAUGAUCGAGUUGCCUUCCUGAAGACGACCGACGAAAACGUCAAUGAGCUCAUUGAGAAACGAUGCCGUAUGCAUGACCGCAAACUACAUCAAACGAAGCUAGUGCACAAUGAAAUCAUGUCCGUGCUGAACGACUACUUCACCAUGAUUAUGGAUCCGGAAAAGGGAAUAGCGCAUCACAACUUGAACGAUAAGCACAAAAGAUCCCAGAUGAUCAUCCAAUCCAAUCGUGCCAAGAUCAGAGAGCUAAAUUUGCGCAUCAACCAUUUGCAUAAGAAAAUUACAACGGUGGAAAUCGCUGGUGCUCGGAAGGUUAUCGCCAAAAGAUUAAUCAAACGGAAUAUGUUGGAGGAAAUAGAUACUCUCAAGAGGAAGAUUUUCCACUUGGAUGUUCACCACAUGAAUCGAAUGAAGAAAAUGUCAUAUGAAGCAUUUAACACGGAAAAGUAUCUGUCCAACCUGCUGGAAAGGGGAAACUCAAUUCUGAGUCUAGCGCAAACUUGUUCCAAGUACGAGUGUGAGGACGACCUAAAGUAUUUCAAGGACCGAAUUGCACAAGGUAAUACGGCUGACAGUUCACCUGAAUAUGCGUUUUUCUUUGACAAAAUCAACCGUGGGAAGGCGAUAAACUUGCUGCUGCGGGAGGAACGGGACAAGCUGCUGCAAAUGAACUGUGAUUUGCAACGUCAGUUUCAAGAUUACUGCCAGCUGAACAGCCCAGAAGCCAACAUUGCCCGACUGCAGCCCACCGUUAGGAGCGUGGAACUGGGUGAUAGAUUUAAAUGAAUGACAUUUUCGUGGCUUGGCUUG